AUGAACGGCCACAACGUUCAAAUUCAAAAGCCGCAAGGCCAACGCUCCUCCCUCUUCGCUCGCCUCUUCUCCUCUUCCCACCACAACCUCCCCUCCUCCUCCAUGUACCCGAAACCCCCUCCAAUUGCCCAGAGCUUCCUGGACGAUCCCGCAUUCUCUCAGGAUCCAACUCUGCAUCCGCUGCACUCUCCUGCACCCUCUCCUCCAUUAACAUGGGCGAUGCGCAAUGCUUCGGCGACGACGAUACCGAAUUUUGACCCUUUGUCGGUGCCACCCGGCCACCCAAUGUUGAAGCAAGAUCUACAGGCGACGAUCCCGGCGCGCCGACCACCCUUGCCACCAAUCACAGUCUCGACGUACCUUCCAGGCUCGGAUUACGACAAUGACGCGCCUCGUCUCCCUCUCCAGCCACCGAACACACCUCAAGCUGACGGCCCGGUCUUUGCAAUACGCCAUAUGCGGCCGCAUCAGACGCUCCGCAGUGACGGUCAGCUGCGUGAGCCAAAUGUAACUUUCCCGUUCAAGGCUACUGAGCCCUCGAACUCUAUUCCGACCACAUUACCACCACAUAGUAUGUCCCCAUUCGAGUCUUCUUCAUCCAGUGACUCCAGUCCUUCUACAACGCCUCCCUCGUCCGCCAACUCACAUAUACUACCGAGCACGUCGGACACGGCAGUAGCACAGCAGAAAGAAGAGAAGAGGAAGCGGACGUUCUCUUUCUUUCGACGUAAACCAGCUGCACCCCCACCCCCACCACCGAUGCCAUCGAAACUCGCUAAGGCACAUAAACCACCUUCACCCACCAAGGCCAAAUCACCCGUAGCUGAGGUAGAACAACCUCCCGCUCCUGAAGUACCGCGUCCGGGGCAAACAAGGUCUACGACAAUGCCCGAGCUGCAUAAAGCAGAUGUUCAACCUGUCCCCCUUCCACGUUCAGCCAGCGCACCAUCAGAUAUGCCGCCUCCCAAACCGGUUCAAGUCCGUAGCCUCGAUCGGAUUGAUGAACUCGACGAAACCAAUCCAUUUGGCUCUCAUCUACAUCACGGUGGUCCGUACGAAGCGAUAUCUCGACUCAUUACGAGCAAGCAGAAACAUCCCGAUCUGAACGGUGGGCCCAAUGUUCUACAUAUGGUUGGUCAUCGCAAUGGAUCUCACCAAGUCUCGGCAUCCAUGUCAAUUCCUCAAUCCACGCCUAUGUCGCUUAACAUCAAACCCGGCCAAGUCAUCCCAAGGGACUAUGCAUAUGGUGCCAAUCCGUACCCUGCUCCCAACUCAAGUUACUUGGGUUCCCAGCGUCCUCCUGCUAAUCUUGAUCGAAACGUCCACGGUGCGGCCUCCGAUCCGGGGCAUGGUCAGAAUUCAGGCCCUUCUUAUCAUAAUGCGUUCCUCCGCCCGUUUCCCGAUGGCGACGCUGCCGUAUCCUCUGGCAAUGCACAGGGUUUCAAUCAAGGUCGGGUCUCGCAGCAACAACCGCAGCCAUCGCCGUACCCUUCUCAAUCGCGCCUUCCACUUCAGCAACCUCCACAGCCCCCACAAACCACACCUCUUCGCAAACCCUCCCCUCCGCGCCAAGCUCAGCCCGCUCCCUCGCAGCCAACAGCGUCAUUCCUUCAGCCACCGUCACACCCCGGGGACCGUGUCGAAUUCGACCCGUACGCUUCCUAUUCGCCUACCGCUCGUCCACGCGCCCUUGAUGACGCACCUUCACCGUCGUUAUCAAUGCCUGUUCCUCAAGAGCGAAUGGAAUCAGCGCCACAAAACCCUCAGCAGACCGCAACACCGGCCGUCAGAUCUAUUCCACUGCGUAACUCACCUCCGCCUCCGCCACAACAGUUGCCUCCCAGCUACGAAGCACCUUCAACCCCGUACCUCCGGGGCCUCGAUGUCAAACAUGCCCCAUCGAAUUCCUCGAAUACUCUUCCAUUGCCUGUCGAUUCCAGUCAGCAACGCAGGGCCUCCCAAGUGCUCAAUAAUUCGGCCCCCGAACUGGGCCUUAAGGGUAGCGCCAAUGGCGCUGUAUCCGCAGAAAGUGUGGCUAGUCAACAGGUCACGGUUAAAGGAAGCAGUACUCCUAGUAGCGGACGAAGCAGCCUUGACGAUCAAGAACCUGAAAACUCCCGCAAUGGACACUCCCGUGAAGGUCUCGCCGCAAACCAGCCGACGACGCAACCAAUAACCCCUCCGAAUAUGCCACCCAUGGAGGUCAAUGGGGGCCCGCGUCCCCCAGACUCCCCGCCACCUCCUGCCGAGUUCGUGGCGCCCCGUGGUAUUCCAGGUGUUCCGUCGAGCUCAGCAUCCAGCGUUCGAACAGGUAUCUCCCGUGGAAACAGAGGUCCCCCGCCCAGAGUAUCUCAUCUACCCAAGAAGCUUGUGAUGCCCGCUCCAUUGCAGCAACAGUCGAAUCAAGGUGGCUUUACAGGAAACUCGUACCAGCCGUCAUAUCCGAAUGCGCCGCCUCAAAGAUAUCAGCAACAACCAAGAUAUCCCCCGCUCAUGCCUCACUAUCCUGGUCCUCAACACGCUGCGCCGAUGUCACCCCCGCAUGGAUACCUUUCUCAAGAAUUAGAUAAUGGAUCCCCUCCUCGGUCCAGCGGUGAACGUCAGAUCCCCCAAUCGUUGGAUGAGAACGUCUAUCCUCGUGAAUAUGCCCCGCGACCAGGGCCCACCCCUCUCGAUCAAGCUGGUCCACCAGUCGUCCCUGAGCAGUAUCGCCAGCAGGUUUACUUCCAGAACGCGCAACCUAUGCCACCGAUGCCAAACCAGCAGCGUGGCCGUCAGCCGCCAUUCCAGCCUGAAGGCUACAAUCCUCGCGGUGUUCCUCCUUCACGGAGUCUGUCGCCUCGUGCGCAAGAGAUACCGAUGACAACGGAUAGGAAGGUGCUGAGGAAGCGUAGUAAGGUCGGAAGUAGCGAGUCAAUACCAAGGCCGGAGACGUAUCAGCCAGCGGAUGGUGGGAAUGAGUUGAGCGCUAAGGAAAAGGCAAAGAGGGACAAAUUGGAGAAGGAAAGGGAGAAGGCUGAGGCUAAAGAGCGGGAGAGGAUGGCCAAGGAGAGAGAAAAGAACGAGGCUAAAGAGAGGAAAGAGAGGGAGAAGCAGAUCAGGGAGAGGGAGCGGAUGCUGAAGGGGAAAGUCCAAGUGAAGGAGGUAGAACCGAAAGCGGGCCAGAAAAUACCGAAGAGGGUGCUCAGCAAGAGGAGAAACGACAUGUAG